UAAAUAAAAUUUCCCGCGGGCUUUUUAAAUGUCAUGAACAAAAUGUGCAUGCGCAGUGAAUUCAAGGCUUUUUUUUUAGAAACAUAACCUUAUUUAGAAUUUUAAAUCGAGUGAUAGAUUCAAUAACACCCACACACAUAAACUUUUUAUCAGUAUUUCACUGCUUCAAACAAAAAUAAAAUGGCACGAGUACUGGAUGAAGAGCUUAAAAAAGGCUUCUCCGAACUCCAGGAGAAAAUGAUUGAUACAAGUCAAAAAUUAAAAUUGGCUGAUGUUCAAAUUGAAACAUUAAAACGUACCAAACAACGAGCAGAAUUAACAUCAAAGGAGAUAACAUCACUUCCUCCAAAUACAAGAACUUAUGAAUCUGUUGGAAGAAUGUUUCUUCUCGACGAUAUUAAAAGUAUCAAGAGCAGUUUGGAGAAACGAAUAAAAAAUGCUGAUGAAAAAAUUAAAUUUCUCGAUAGCAAUAAAAGUUAUCUUCAAAAUAGUUUAAAAGAAAGUGAAAAUAAUCUUCGAGAAAUGGUGCAACAAAGACAAAAGAAAGAAUCGUCUGGUUAAAAAAAGGGAAUGUGAGAAAUUUUUUUUUUGUUUAUACGUGCACUUAUAGGAUUUUGAAAUAUUCUUCAUUUUUGUUAAUUUCGAUUUAAAUGGACUCGCACAAUUUGUAUUUACUAUGUGAUUUAUUAUUCAUUUUUUUUUUUUCAUUGACAUCUUACACAAUAAAUGAUUUUUAAAAAAUAAA